AAGACUUUUGGCAAUUGCAUCGGAUGAUCCGAAUCCCCUGCCCUGUCCUGCCAACGUGCAAUAUACAGUAUAACAGACGAUGAGGAACAAGUUCAGGCAAUCAACUGCAUCAACAAGCUGAGGCAAGUCAGACAGACAUCGAUCAAUCACUCAAUCCGUCGUCAAUGGCGUCUGCCAGCAAGGAGGAUCAGGUUAGCGCCACCCCCAGCGUCGACGCCGCCGUUACGCGCGCGCUCCUGAGCUCCGGCAGCGGCGGCCACGCCUACAUCGACGUCAGGUUGCCGGAGGACUUCGACAAGGAGCACGCCGCCGGCGCCAGCAACGUCCCUUACUACCUCGCCGUUACUCCCCAAGGGAAGGAGAAGAACCCGCGCUUUGUGGAGGAAGUAGCCGCGCUCUACGGGAAGGAGCAGCACUUGAUCGUGGGCUGCUACACGGGAGUGAGAUCCAAGCUCGCGACUGUGGACCUCGUAAACGCGGGGUACGAGAACGCCAGGAGCCUGCAAGGUGGCUACGUUGCCUAUCUUCAGAGCGCAUCACCAAAUCAGCAGUAAAAUCGCCAAUGGCGUCAAAUAAGUUUAACUUGGGAUCGAUGAAAAUUUUACCUCAUAUGUGUAAUUCAUGUUCGUCUUGAUGUAACUGAAGAUUAGGGAGUUACAGUCGUCCGGGUGUUAAAUGGAGAUGGACUGAAAUUGUUUCACGCA